AGUCCACCGACAAGAAUAUGUAAGUACAUCAUUCCGAAGAUGAAGCGAUAAGGAUGCCUUCCUCCAUUCCUCAGAGUUGCAAGUAGAUGUCGAAAUAAAAUAGUUUUACGUGUUGAUUGCAGCUGUUGUACAUACAACCACUAAGCAUAAUAUUAAUUUGACGAAAGGAGCUCGCGAUUUUUGAAACAACAUCAUGGCGAAAUUCGACCCGGGCAAGAUGGGCGCUGCCAUGCAGCAAACGCUGGGACCCUUGAUUGGUGGGACGAUGGCACUGGGCGGUUUGUUUUACACAGCAAACAACUGUUUGUACAACGUGGAAGCAGGUCACAGGGCGAUCAAAUUCUCCAGAUUGAGCGGGAUCGGGACUGAGGUAUUGGAAGGGAUCUAGGUCGUAUUGCAUGACAAAAGCGAUGAAACCUUUCCGUGCAAUUCAACCUAAGGCGUGUACUACUAGUCCUUCAUAUAUAUUAACAAAGAGCAUCAACCACAGCCACUUGUUGAUGUUGGUGGACUUUCAAAAUCAAAAAAACAGCACUACGAAGAGGGGACGCACUUCCUGAUGCCGUAUUUCGAGCGGCCAAUUAUCUAUGAUAUCAGAACUAGGCCAAGGACAAUCGUGUCCCUUACCGGAUCCCGAGACUUGCAGAUGGUCAACAUAUCCGUCCGUAAGGAAAUGUUUUAUAAUUGUGCUGCUUCUGCUUGUUGCGAGUUACGCAUGAUUGAAAAACAAAAAUGUAAUUUGCCUAUGUGGAGCAGUACUCUCAAGGGCAAACUUGAUAAAAGAAAUUCCUUCCAACAUUAUCAGGUACUUUGGUUCGGCCCGACGAGACAAAUCUACCACAGAUCUACACACACCUCGGCCUCAAUUACGACGAGAAGGUACUUCUAGCGGUUUGCUUCCGCACUGCCAAUUUGUUAUGCACUUGCACAGCAACCUCAGGGUCAGGACCAGAAGCAGCAGCACACUGGUCAUCAUUUCCUAGGCAACACGAGUCGUAUUUCAUCAGAACUAAAAGUUAAAAUGAUUGUCCCACCAGGUUCUUCCUUCCAUUGUGAACGAGAUUUUGAAAUCGGUCGUGGCCCAAUUCAAUGCCUCCGAAUUGGUGCAACAGCGUGAGAGGGUGUCCAGCCUGAUCCGGGACCGGCUCACCAAACGCGCCCGGGAUUUUAACAUCUUACUGGACGAUGUUUCCAUCAUAUCCAAGAAAAAAACAUUGUAGGUGUAACUUUUUUGGAGGAACAGCGUCACAAAUUUGUCUGGCAUGACAGCAGAAACCUGUCAUGCGCAGAUAGUACGUGAAAACGCCCUUUAAUGAACCCUACGAUGCAUGCCAAGCAUGACAGACGCAAUCAGCUUGAAUGUUGCGCAUCACAAAUUUACACUAACAACGUUUUUUUCCUGGAUACAUCACGCACGUCGGAUUCUCUCCAGAGUAUGAGAAAGCGGUGGAGUCCAAGCAGGUCGCGCAGCAGCAGGCGGAGCGCUAUGGCGUUCUCAAACGUUACAUUCUCAACUGUUACACGGUUUGUCAUGCAAAGUCAACAUCAGCUUUCUUCCACAGGGUGAAGCGACUUCGCAUGACAAAUUUCCGGAGGGCUAAACAGCAUUGAACUCUAUGCGGAAUUUGUAAUGCUAGAGGUGCAAUUGUCCCCCUUUGACUUUUGCUAUUGUUGCAUUACAAAUGCAUGUAACAGUUGAGAAUGUAACAAUUGAGAAUCCCAUAAGCGCGCGAGGUUCCGCGUGCUGAAGGCACAGGAAGAGAAAAAGAACAUCGUGAUCAAGGCACAGGGUGAACAGGAGGCCGCAAGGAUGAUCGGUACAAAUUUUUGUGUGGCCGUGUUGUGGUCCUCGUGUCGCGUGGAGGUUCUUAUUCGCAGUAGCACCUCUACAGGUGCGGUGGAUGCGGUCACCAUGAAGACACAACGUCAAAAAAUACAAACUCUUUACUUUCCGAUUAUAGUAUGCAAAAACCAUGUUCAGGUCAAGCGAUCAAGAACAAUCCGGGUUUCGUGGAAUUGCGACGGAUUGAUGUCGCAAAGGAGGUGGCGCAUGCUCUGGCGAAGUCGCAAAACAGGUUGGUUUUGUCCGCCGACUCUCUGCUUUUGAACUUGAUGGACAAAGAUAACGGAGGGCCGAAGUUGGCGGAAAAGCGAUAAACGGUGUAGUUUCCUGCAUGAUAGAGCUGAUCAUGGUGAUAAGAACCGUCAUCUUUACGUUUUUGCAUAACGUAGUUCAUAUCCAAAAUACAACGACGACAUAGAUUGAACGACGAACUUCCCAUGAGGUAACGACAAGCGACGCCUUUUCUAUUUUUUCUCUAUAGUCAGGAGUUAAUCCGCAACUGCUGCUUCAUCUACAACAGCUGGCUCAUAAUACAACGACGGUCUUAUUUUUCUUGUUCUUCUGACCUGGAUGUCCUCCCAGAAAUGAAUGACUAUUCUUGGCAGCAGUGGCCACAUCGAAAAGAAAUGACGAUUUUUUUAUCUCAAUGAAAUACACACGACGAAACUACCAUUACAUGGGCACACGCGCGUGGUGGAGCUCUUGCUGCCUGCUAU